UCUCAAACAGCAAACAAUCUCACAAUGUCUGCAGACGACGAGCAGGUGGCUUUCCAGAAGCCUGGUGACCUCGUGGAUCGCAACGAGGAAACCGGAGCGAUGACGGUGGAAAGUCUUUGCAUGAACUGCGAGCAGAAUGGACGUACCACUUUCUUACUGAUCCGUAUCCCCUAUUUCCGCGACGUCAUUCUCGAGGCUUUCGAAUGCGAACACUGCCAUUUCAAGAACAACUCGAUCAAGUCCGCUUCGCAGAUCCAAGAGAAGGGAUCUAUCUACCAUCUCGAGGUCGAGAAUGAGACCGACUUGCAGCGCCAGGUGGUCCGCAGUGACGUCUCAGUCUUCAAGCUCGAGUCCCUUGGUAUCGAGAUGCCCAAGGGCGAGGGCCAGUUGACCACCGUCGAAGGUGUCAUCCGCAAGAUCUACGACAACCUGUCCAGCGAGCAGGACCUGCGCAAGGAGCAAGCUCCUGAACUUUACAACGCUCUCGUGCCCAUCAUCGAGAAGCUCGAGAAGAUCCUCGAAGGCCAAGGCUUCCCCUUCACUAUUUCCCUCGACGACCCCAGUGGUAACUCCUGGAUCGCCCCCACUACCCAAGAUUCCGGCCACAAGUACCGUCGCCGUGACUACCUGCGCACCCACGAGCAGAACGAGGAGCUCGGUAUCAGUGGCGACCCCAAUGCUGUGCAGCACCAGGGUACGGGUCAGGAGGAAGACGAGGAGAUCGUUGAUGGCAAGGAAUACUCUAUUCCCGCCGAGUGCCCCGCCUGUCUCAAGUCUUGCGAGGUCAAUCUUCGCAAGGUCAACAUCCCUUACUUCCGCGAGGUCCUUCUCUGGGCCACCGUUUGCGAACACUGUGGAUACAAGUCCAGUGACGUGAAGACUGGUGGAGAGGUGCCCGAGAAGGGCAAGCGUAUCACCCUCAGCGUCGAGAAUGAAGUUGACCUCGCCCGUGACAUCCUCAAGAGCGACACUUGCGCCCUUUACAGCGAAGAGCUCGAGGUUCGCGUCGAGCCCGGCACUCUCGGCGGUCGGUUCACUACCGUCGAAGGUCUCCUGACCGAGAUCCGUGACCAGCUGCACGGCCAGAUCUUCGACUUCGCUGACACCAGCGCUGGUGACAGUAUGGCCACUGACGACAAGGCGAAGUGGGAGCGCUUCUUCAAGCGUCUCGACGCCGCCAUCGCCGGCGAGCUGAAGUUCGUCAUCACCCUGGAGGACCCCAUGGCCAGCAGCUACGUCCAGGACCUGUGCGCCCCGGCCAAGGACGAGCAGAUCACCACUGAGGAUUACAUUCGCACGGACGAGGAGGAGGAGGAGCUCGGACUGAAGGACAUGAAGACCGAGGGCUACGAGGCUGAUGCGGAGCAGAAGGAGGAGCAGGAGGAAAAGCCCGCUGAGCAGCAGUGAUGAACGGACUCGAUACCCUUAGACUUUUUUUUUUCUCUUU